ACUUCGCAGCGCAUGAUUAAACAAAAAAAUGGAAAGGGCGAGAAAUGAUUUUAAAGAUGAACACUUGGAGUUGCCAGGCUUCUGAAAGCUAUUAAUCACACCAUGCGUCCAUGCCGCGCGCAGCCGCCUCAAAACCAUUGGCCGACGCUACGUCUCUCUCCCUCGAUCCUAUCUCCCAGAUGAUGCAUAUAUACACGCAUACGGCGCCGGCUAUAAAUAGUGCAAAAAGCCAUCGCACUACUGCUAAGCAAAGCACGCCUGCUUUUUUUUUUGUUCUCUCAUCUCGCUCAUAUAUAUCCUUUGCACCUGCGCUGAUCCGUUCCAAUCGAUCUUGCACCUCCUCACCUCCUCAGCUCGGCGCCUCAGCUGAUCAUGGGGGGAGCUUCUGAUUCUAACCUUCUUCCCCCUGGCUUCCACUUCUUCCCGUCAGACGAAGAGCUCGUCGUCCACUUCCUCCGCCGCAAAGCCUCGCUCCUCCCAUGCCAGCCGGACAUCGUGCCCACGGUGUGCAUGAAUCACCACGAUCCAUGGGAACUGAAUGGCAAAGCGCUUGAGGCUGGUAGCCAGUGGUACUUCUUCAGCCACGCGAAGCAAAGUAGGGCCACGCCGAACGGGUACUGGAGCUCUGUUUGUGCUGACGAGACGGUGCUGAGCGGCGGCGGCGGCUGCAGCGUCGUCGUCGGCCUGAAGAAGACGCUCGUCUUCUCCACUGGAGAGCCCUCUGAUGGGGCCGAAACAAACUGGAUCAUGCAUGAGUAUCACUUGCUGGAUGGGAGGACGGGGGGUAGCAGCAGCAGCAGUAGCGCUUCAUCAAUCCAUAGUUCGAGCAAGAAAUCGCAUCACCCAAACACAGAGUUCAGUAACUGGGUGAUAUGCCGAGUGUUUGAUUCGACGGGCGGCGGGUCGCAGGCGAACUGCCAUGACGACGAGGGCAUGGAGCUUUCAUGCUUGGAUGAGUUGUUCCUAUCCCUCGACGACUAUGAUGAAGUCAGCUUGUCAAGUAAUUAGAAGCCUAGUAUCACCAGAACCGGCAGUACUAGUAGGCGCUCCCUACGAAUUUUACAGAAGAUCAAAUGAUUCCAUAGGUGUGUUUAGCCUUAAACACUGCGUCUAAUUAAACCACAGAUGUGGAUUGCUCUCCUCAUCAAAUUGGAGUCGGUCGAGGCACAUGCAUGUAACAAGCUGAGUUAGUUUUAUAUAAAUAUGGGCAUAGUGUGUGGAUAAUCUCCUGUACUACAAGGUUCGAGGUAUCUAUGUUCGAGCAUAAAAAGGGGAUAGACAAGGCAUGUAUAACUCUAUUUAAUAUAAGAUCUCUUGAGCGAUCUUUAGAGAGUUAAUUAAAACAUAUAA